AUAAUAGUGUAGAGUAGUGACUAGUGUCUAGUGAUAUCAAAGAGUGCAUCUGAGCUGCUAAAGCUGUUUGAAGUUGGCGCCCUUAUGAGGGAAUUUCUUCAUUCUCCCAAUCACCAUGAAGAAAAAAAGGCCUAAACCCUCCUCCUACCGCACUCUGUUUCCGCCGGAGCCAUCCUUAAAUUCUCUGCCCUCAUCCAAGGCCGACUUUUCCCGGUUGAUCGCCGUCGUUUCCAUCGCCGCCGCGGUGGCGCUUGCCUGCAAUUUCAUUACCGCUUCCCUUAAUCAGCCGCCUAAGCCCUUCUGCGAUACUACUGAUGACCUCAAUGAUCCCCUCUCUGAAUACUGCCAACCAUGUCCCACAAAUGGAGUAUGUUAUGAUGGCAAGUUGACUUGUGAUCAAGGCUUUAGAAAGCAGGGAAAUCUAUGUGUUGAAGAUGGGGAUAUUAGUAGAGCUGCUAAAAAACUUUCACAAUGGGUAGAAGAUCGUGUAUGUGGAGCUUAUGCUCAACUUUUGUGCAGUGGAACUGGAAAGUGUUGGAUUGAGGUGGAUGAGCUGUUGGAUAACUUGGAUAGAAUGAGUGAUAAUCGUAACCUGGAUAAGGCCAUAUACAUGCCUACAAAACAAAAAGCUAUGGAGACUAUCCGUAGUGCUCUGGAGACAAGAAGAGACAAUCAAGGUGUUGAAGAACUCAAGUGCCCAGAGUUGCUUGUUGACAAUUAUAAACCACUCAGUUGUGUCGUGCGCCAGUGGAUUAUCAAGCAUGCAUUACUUUUGGUCCCGGCUUGUGCAUUGAUUGUUGGAUGCAUACUAAUUGCUUGUAGGGCAUAUCAGAGACAUCUCUUGUCUGUUAGAGCUGAGCAACUUUACCAUGAGGUUUGUGACAUACUUGAAGAAAAACCGUUAGUCUCCAAGAAUGGUAGUGGUGAAGGUGAACCCUGGGUGGUCGCAUCCUCUUUGAGAGACCAUCUUCUCUUGCCCAAGGAGAGAAAGGAUCCGUUUCUAUGGAGAAAGGUUGAGGAGUUGGUUCAAGAAGAUUCUCGUGUAGAUCAGUACCCGAAGUUAGUAAAGGGUGAAUCUAAGGUUGUAUGGGAGUGGCAAGUUGAAGGCUCUGUAGGCUCUUCAGGAAAGAGAAAAAAGAAUGCCGGAAGUGCCAAGGAAUCCAUGAAUUCAUCUGCUAAUGUUCUUCGCAGGAUGCAUGCUGCAUGAUGGGCAAAGAUAUUGCUGUUAAGAUUUCUUCAAGAUGGCUUGGAGCUCCCUUGAGCGUGAAUGCUAUUCUUGAGUAUAUGAUUUCUGUAGUUGGGAUAAAGCCGUUGUGCAAUUGUAUUUGUCACCUACUAGUCAAGCUGGUUUCUGUCGCACUUGGCCUGCAUUCUUUUAGUGCUCUCUUCUUGUAUGAAGUUUAUUUCCUCUCACAUUUGGAACUCUUCUUUGUAACUCAAAAUGUUUGUACAAUGUUGAUCUCACAUGUCCGGAUGUUUGUUUUUCUAGUAUUUAUAGUAUAGUACUCUCUCCGUCCCAAACGAAAUGUCCUGUUUUCUUUUUGGACUGUCCCAAACGAAAUGUCCUAUUUCCUUUUUUGGCAAUACACUCUCUCUAUACUUAAUAUUUAAAUAAUUUCCACCAAUCCACUUUAUCUACUUUAUACACAUUUCUUAAUCUCCGUGCCGAAAAGAAAUAGGACAUUUCGUUUGGGACGAAUGGAGUAUUUUGUAAUUUUUGUAAGAAAAGAUGAACGUUAAUAUUGAUUCUCAGAUAUUGUGCGAGAGCCUCAUUUUAUAAUAUUGAUGCACUUAUACUUU